GCGUUGGUAGAGAUCAAGUCACCAGCCUGGAUGCGUUUUCCCCUUUCGACAAAUCUUUCUCUCCAUCCGCCUCAGCCAUAGACGGUGACAUAACAAUCCUUCGUCCUGAGACCGGGCAAUACCGUCUGCCAGACGCCUCGCUUUCAUAUCCUCUUCAUUAAACACUGCCCCUCCCCCGCCCACCGCCUCUUUCAGACAUGGAACGGAAACACAAGCCCACCUCCAUCCCCGUGUCUCCCCAGAUGGCCCAACCCAUCGUCGACCUCUCAGACAACGUGCUCACGGCGCGGCUACCCAGCGGUGACUCUGUGACGGUCUACCUGUACGGGGCCACCGUCACGUCGUGGAAGACGUCCAACGGGGCGGAGCAACUCUUCCUCUCCUCCGCGGCGGCGCUGGACGGUUCCAAGCCCAUCCGCGGCGGCAUCCCACUCGUCUUCCCCGUCUUCGGGCCUCCUCCCAAGUCGCACGCCACGGGCCAGCUGCCCCAACACGGGUUCGCGAGGAACAGCUACUGGGAAUUCCUGGGCAAGAGCAGCAGCGAGUCUCUGGGCCGCAAGGCGGACGACAGCGUCAAGUUGGACUUUGGGCUGAGCUCGGCCAUGCUCGACGAAGGGGUGCGCAAGAAGUGGCCCUACGAGUUUGGCCUGGUGUACAGCGUGACCCUGGGCAGAGGGAAACUGGAGUGCCAGAUGCACGUGCAGAACAAGGGAGACCAGUCGUUUGAGUUCCAGUGUUUGUUCCACACAUACCUGGCUAUCAAGGACAUCCACAAAACCGCGGUCCGAGGCCUCCAGGCAUCGCCGUACGUCGACAAAGUCCGCGCCGCGCAGACCUUCACCGAAGACUCCUCCUCGCUCUCCUUCGCAGGCGAGACCGACCGCGUCUACACCCCUCCCGCAGACCCCAAGGCCAACACCCUUGUGGCCCUGACGGUGACGGAGAACGGAAAGGACACCUUCGUGGUCACGCGGGACGCGCUGCCGGACGUGACGGUGUGGAACGGGUGGGAGGACAAGAUCAAGGGCAUGGGCGACUUCGAGCCCAAGGACGGGUGGAAGAGGUACCUCUGCAUAGAACCCGGCACGGUGAGCUCGUGGACGAAGCUCGACGCCGGCGACGCGUGGGAGGGCGCCUGCUCGUUUGAGAGCAAACUCUGAAGCGGCCCAGGAGGUUGCGGAUAGAGUGGACGGGGUUGGUGAACGGGGAGUAUUGCAAAAGCCAUGUUUCUAUCCAUUCGAGUAGUCAAGACUAUCGCUUUCACUUUCGCAUGGGCGUGAGGUAGAGCCCGCUCUCGUAGGAGAGCUUUGAGGUUUGGGACUUUGAGGGUUUAGCAUCGAGCGAACCAAAGAAAAGCUCUAGAGAAAUGUGACAUGAGAUGAAAGCGACAUUGGUGGCCGACGAUGCGGCGCACGUCAAGUGUGCUUUGGCUCGGACACGACAAAGUUAUGCUCUGGGUCAGAAUCAGAGUCAGAGUCGGUCAGAGUCAGCCAGAGUCAGAGUGUGCCUCCUCAGCAUCGUCGGGGUAUGGGAGCAUUCAGGGCGGUAGCAUGGCGCGGAAUAGACAUCCUCUUGAAAGGCCCGUUCUCGUUGCGAUGGGCUGGCUAUGAGUCGUGAGUAAAACGCUUGAGUAGAGAAUUUCAUCAUCCCCAA